CUGAUCUGCCGCUGUCCUUGGUGAUGUACGGUGCAAUCCAAUUAGGUUUCACCUCUAGGCUGUGAUGCGGCUCGCGAAUCCUCAAUCCUCCAUUCAGUCGAUGCCGUGCGCGUCGCCCUGCAGCUCGCUCCGCUCCAUGGUGCGCUCUCCCCCGUCGCUCUGCUAUUUUUACGCGCUCGAUACGUCCGCGCACGUCCCGUUUGACCAUAUCAGCAACCCAUGGAGAGCGAGCUCAACCCGAGCGGCUUUUCCUACAGCGAGAACGGCGAUCCCGUCUAGCUGUGUGUCCGAAGACGCCCGUUUCCUUUUCUGAGGGAUUUUUUUUUUUUUUAUUACAAGAACAAUGUGGGAUAUGGACACUGAAUACACACCUUCCCCUCAGAGCCUGGAGCCUUAGCAGCCUGGAGAAGUGUCCGCCAUGGAGGGACUCGUCUAAGGACGCGUGCGUUUCCCAUAUCUCUCACACCUUUUCGUUCGAUUGCUUCUCUUCGCCGUGAGCGUCGCGCCUCAACCCCCGCCUCGCCAUGGCCGAUAAGGUUGGGUCGGGGGCGCCCAAGGCGACCGCCCGGCCCGGCGGGGCCCUCCCGCCCGAGCCCAUCGAGAUCAUCCGGGUCAAGGCCCGGUCCCGGAGGGUGCGGAUCAAUGUGGGGGGGAUCAUCCACGAAGUCCUGUGGAGGACCCUGGACCGGCUGCCCCGGACCCGGCUGGGGAAACUUCGCGACUGCAACACCCACGACACCCUGAUGGAGAUCUGCGAUGACUACAGCCUCAACGACAACGAGUACUUCUUCGACCGGCACCCGGGCGCCUUCACCUCCAUCCUCAACUUCUACCGCACGGGCAAGCUGCACAUGAUGGAGGAGAUGUGCGCCCUCUCCUUCGGCCAGGAGCUCGACUACUGGGGCAUCGACGAGAUCUACCUGGAGUCCUGCUGCCAGGCGCGCUACCACCAGAAGAAAGAGCAGAUGAACGAGGAGCUGAGGCGGGAGGCUGAGACGCUCCGGGAGAAGGAGGGCGACGAUUUCGACAACAACUGCUGCCCCGACAAAAGGCGCAAGCUGUGGGACCUGCUGGAGAAGCCCAGCUCCUCUGUCGCUGCCAAGGUGUUGGCCAUCGUAUCCAUCCUGUUCAUUGUCCUCUCGACCAUUGCUCUGUCGCUCAACACCCUGCCUGAGCUGCAGGAGAUCGACGAGUUCGGCCAGGCCAACGACAACCCCCAGCUGGCGCACGUGGAGGCGGUGUGCAUCGCCUGGUUCACCAUGGAGUACAUACUGCGCUUCCUUUCCUCCCCCAGCAAGUGGAAGUUCUUCAAGGGCCCGCUCAACGUCAUCGACCUGCUGGCCAUCCUGCCCUACUACGUCACCAUCUUCCUGACCGAGUCCAACAAGAGUGUGCUGCAGUUCCAGAACGUGCGGCGGGUGGUGCAGAUCUUCCGGAUCAUGCGGAUUCUCCGCAUCCUCAAGCUGGCGCGCCACUCCACGGGCCUGCAGUCGCUGGGCUUCACCCUGCGGCGCAGCUACAACGAGCUGGGCCUGCUCAUCCUCUUCCUGGCCAUGGGCAUCAUGAUCUUCUCCAGCCUGGUGUUCUUCGCCGAGAAGGACGAGGACGCCACCAAGUUCACCAGCAUCCCCGCCUCCUUCUGGUGGGCCACCAUCACCAUGACGACGGUGGGCUACGGCGACAUCUACCCGCAGACGCUGCUGGGCAAGAUUGUGGGCGGGCUCUGUUGCAUCGCAGGCGUGCUGGUCAUCGCCCUGCCCAUCCCCAUCAUCGUCAACAACUUCUCCGAGUUCUACAAGGAGCAGAAGCGUCAGGAGAAGGCCAUCAAGCGCAGGGAGGCCCUGGAGCGGGCCAAGAGGAACGGCAGCAUCGUCUCCAUGAACAUGAAGGACGCCUUCGCCAGGAGCAUGGAGCUGAUGGACGUGGUGGUGGACAAGGCCGAGGACAAGCGCUGCUACUAUCAGGAGAACCACGUCUCCCCCAGCAGGUGGGGGCAGCAAAAGAGGGGGCCGUACGACGGCAGCCCCAAGACCUAUGACAUCCGGUACCAGGAGGUGGCUCAGCUUGGCUCACCAGCGUGUGGCAGGAGCCCUGGAGCUAGCCCGCAGCGGCUCAACGCCCAGAAGCUGGAGGAGAUCUACAACCAGAUGACCAAAUCGCCCCCCAUCCCCAACCUCAGAGGCGGGUUGUCGCCCCGCCGCAACCCCACGCCCAAGCUGGACGAGGAGGUGGAGAUGAAGGAGGUCCCGCCCCCGACCUCUGCCCCGCCCACCUGCGACCCCCCGCCGCAGAGGGAGCGGGCGCCGACGGAGGUGAGGAGCGUUUCGAGCGCGGACAGCUUCGCCAGCUGCACUGCCGACUUCGCUGAGGCGGAGAGGGGCGGAGCUCCCGCAGAGGGGAGGCACCCGCGGGCGCCCCCGCCCCUGGACCUGAGCCGGAUCACGGCGGCGGUGGAGGGGCCAGCGGGGAGGGGGGCGCAGGGGCUGUACGAGCUGAUCCACAGCAGCCCGCAGGGGGGCGCGGACUCACCUGAGGACGACAACCCCACCUUUGACCGCAUAGUGGAAAACAUCAGGAGCUCCCUGCGGGGCUGCAACCCUGUCAAAACCAGGGGCCUCCAGGUCAACUUCAUUGAGACCCCCGGCGAGUCCCCACAGAACGUCAGCACCAUCCUGACAGAGGACAGGGGCCCUGCUGAGGAGCAGCCCGCCCCCGACGACACCCCCGACGAUGCACCUGACGAUGCACCUGAUGACGAAGAGCUGACUCUCGAGCUGACGCUCGAGCCGACGCCCGAGUGCUCGGAGGACCACGCCGAGGACGAGGCAGAAAGCCCCGCCUCCCCCUCAGAGGACCUUAACGAGAAGGAGGAGCUGGAUGUGGAAGCCCCGCCUUCACCUAAACUGGGCGUGCCGAACUGCACGCUGGCCGGGGAGGGAAAGGCCACCGAUGGCGACGAGGCCGAACACAUAGUGGAGAACCACAUGUUCGCGCCGGAACUCCACAAGCAACCGAGCGACGGAAGCCUGUCUCCGCCCUGCGAAACGAGCAUGUGAACGCGGAGGAGACGCGACCGCUGUAAAGACCCCCCCCGAAAGCUUCGGCCCGUCCGGGGGAAAAGGGCACGCUGACACAGGGGAAGGGGGUGCUUUUCGCAUGGGUGUGAUAACUCCCCUUUAACCGCACCACUGUGCCCCUGGACUAACGGGACUGCCGUCUAUGCAG